AUGAGACGGUGGACGCUAAAGCUGCGAGCACAAAUUGUGUUUUUUAUCAUCGGCACCUGCAUUAUAUGCCAGUGUGGACUAAUAAACGGAGAAAUAUGCCAGAGUAAGGACAUCCGGAACAAUGUGACCAACCUCCAGUCGUUAGAGAACUGCACCAUCAUCGAGGGCCACCUGAAGAUCCUGCUCAUGUUUAAGACCAAGACCGAGGACUUCCGGGGUCUCAGCUACCCAAAGCUGCGAGUGGUGACCGACUAUGUGCUGCUGUUCAGGGUCUACGGCCUCGAGAUCCUCAGCGAUCUCUUCCCCAACCUCACGGUGAUCCGCGGAAACAACCUCUUCUUCAACUACGCUCUUGUCCUUUACGAGAUGCUGCAGCUGAAGGAGGUGGGCCUCCACAGCCUCAUGAAUAUCACCCGGGGCGCCGUGAGGAUUGAGAAGAACCCAGACCUGUGCUACCUGGCCACCCUGGACUGGUCCAAGAUCCUAGACACGGUGGAAGAUAACUACAUUGUGGCCAAUAAGAACGACAGAGAGUGCGGAGAUGUGUGUCCCGGCACGGCCCAAGGUCAGACCAUCUGCCCGCAGAACACCAUCAACGGACACUUCAGGGGGCGAUGCUGGUCACAGAACCAUUGCCAGAGAAUGUGCUUGGACAACUGUAAGCAUAGUGCGUGUAGCCUCCAGGGCCAGUGCUGCCAUGACCAGUGCCUGGGCGGCUGCUCUGAGCCGGGUAAUUCAAGUAGCUGUGUGGCCUGCAGGAACCUCCAGCAUGGGAGCAACUGUUUGGAGAAGUGUCCUCCUGGAUACUACGUCUUCAAGGGCUGGCGCUGUGUCAGCUUCUCAUUCUGCCAGGACCUCCACAACCAGUGUACACAGACUAAGAAGUUGAACCAGGACCGGGAGACGGGCUGCUUCGAAUACGUUAUCCACAAUGGGGCCUGUAUUCCAGAGUGUCCUUCUGGAUACACCACUAUCAACUCCACUGCGUUGACCUGUUCGCCAUGUGCAGGCCUGUGUCCUAAACUGUGUGUGGGAAAUAAGACGGUUGACUCGGUCACAUCAGCUCAGGCUUUGAGAGGCUGCACUGUUCUCCACGGCAACAUGAUCAUCAAGAUUCGAGGAGGGAAUAACAUUGCGGCUGAGUUGGAGGCUAGUUUGGGCCAGCUUGAGGAAAUCACAGGAUAUCUGACUGUUCGCAGAGCCUACGCCCUGGUCUCCCUCUCCUUCCUCCGCAAACUACGCGUUAUUAGGGGGGAGCAUCUUGAGGGAGAUACCUUUUCCUUCUAUGCGCUGGACAACCAGAACCUGCGUGAGCUGUGGGAUUGGUCCAAGCACAACCUGACCAUCCGUCGCGGUCGUACGUUCUUCCACUACAACUCCAAACUCUGCAUGUCUGAGAUCAGAAAGAUGGAGGAGGUGACGGGAACCAAGGAGCGCAACCAAAAGAGUGACAUCGCCGUACGCACCAACGGGGACCAAGCCUCCUGUGAGACGAAGCUGCUGGAAUUCAAAGUGAUCAAGACCACGUCAACUAUGAUUAUGUUGAAGUGGGAGCCCUUUUGGCCCACAGACUUCAGAGACUUGCUGGGCUUUAUGGUUCUCUACAAAGAGGCGCCGUAUAGGAAUGUGACGGAGUUUGAUGGGCAGGACGCGUGCGGCUCUAACAGCUGGGCGAUUGCUGAUGUCGAGCCUCCAAGUCGUUCCACGGACAGCAAGAAGGCGGAGGAUCCGGGGCACCUGAUCCGACCAUUGAAGCCCUGGACCCAGUACGCCAUAAUGGUCAAAACCCAACUGUCUGUACCUGACGAGCACGAGGUUCAUGAGAUUCAUGGAGCCAAGAGCAAGAUCAUCUACGUCCGCACUGAAGCCACCAAACCCUCUGUGCCUCUGGACCCCAUCUCCUCCUCCAACUCCUCCUCUCAGAUCAUCCUGAAGUGGAAGCCUCCUGCCAGUCCCAACGGCAACAUCACCCACUACCGUGUCAUCUGUCGUAAGCAAUCUGAGGACAGCGACCUCUACAAGUUUGACUACUGCCUACAAGGAAUGAAGCUGCCGUCUCGUAUCCCAACCCACCUGGACAGCGAGGAUGAGCAGAAAUGGAACCACACAGAUGAGCCCACCUCAGGGGGCAGGUGCUGCGCUUGCCCCAAGACAGACAACCAGCUGAAGAAGGAGCAGGAGGAGAUAGAGUACCGCAAGACCUUUGAGAACUACCUCCACAAUGAAGUCUUUGAGAGCAGACCAUCUCGUCGCCGACGCUCUGUGGGAGUUGCCAACGCCACCCUAUCCUCUUUCUUCCUCACCACGGCCCCCAGUCUGGCAUUCGGCUCCACCACAGCCACCCCUGAGGACAAGGACAAGGAGGGAUCCAAGGUGGAGCUGAAGGUGUCCUCAAAGGAGUCGACAGUCAUCUCCAACCUGCACCACUUUACCAGCUAUAAGAUAGAGAUCAUGGCCUGCAACCAUGCGACAGACCUCAAACGCUGCAGCAUGGCUACUUAUGUCAGCGCUCGAACUAUGCCAGAGGAGAAAGCAGACGUCAUCCCAGGCCCUGUGACCCACGAGAUAGUGACAGCCGAGCCUCCCUAUGUGUUGAUUAAAUGGAACUCACCUCGCUCCCCUAACGGCCUCAUCAUCCUGUAUGAGGUGUUCUACAGGAAGGUUGGAGACUCAGAGGAUCACACAGCUUGUGUGUCACGGCCGGCCUACGUCAAGUCAGGUGGCGCGAAGCUUUCGCUUGUGCAACCUGGAAACUACAGCGUGAGGGUCCGCGCCACCUCCUUGGCAGGAAACGGCUCUUUUACAGAAACCACUUACUUCUUCAUGCCCAAUCCGGAUCCAGGUUUAAUCUGGAUUGUGAUGGGUCCAGUCAUCUGCUUUAUCCUGCUGCUGUUCGUGGGAGGUGGAGUCUUUGUGAUCUUCAAGAAGAGGCAAACAGAAGGCCCGACAGGACCUCUUAUCGCCUCCUCAAACCCUGAGUACAUCAGCACCAACGAUGUGUAUGUUCCUGAUGAGUGGGAGGUGCCCAGGGAGAAGAUCAAUGUGUUCAAAGAGCUGGGUCAGGGCUCCUUCGGCAUGGUGUACGAGGGGAUCGCCAAGGACAUCGUCAAAGGAGACCCGGAUACACGCGUCGCCGUCAAGACGGUCAACGAAUCGGCGAGCCUGCGCGAGAGGAUCGAGUUUCUCAAUGAAGCCUCGGUCAUGAAGGCUUUCAGCUGUCACCACGUGGUCCGUCUGUUAGGCGUGGUGUCCAAAGGUCAGCCCACCUUGGUAGUUAUGGAGCUGAUGACCCACGGUGACCUGAAGAGCUACCUGCGUGGUCUCAGGCCGGAUUCUGAGCACAACCCCACAGGCCGCUCACCGCCUACGCUGAAGGAGAUGAUCCAGAUGGCGGCAGAAAUUUCAGACGGCAUGGCCUACCUCAACGCCAAGAAGUUUGUCCACAGAGACCUGGCAGCCAGGAACUGCAUGGUGGCAGAGGACUUCACUGUCAAGAUCGGAGACUUUGGUAUGACCCGAGACAUCUAUGAGACUGACUACUACCGCAAAGGAGGGAAGGGCCUGCUUCCUGUCAGGUGGAUGGCUCCGGAGUCUCUGAAGGACGGAGUCUUCACUGCCCACUCUGACUGCUGGUCAUUUGGCGUCGUGCUGUGGGAGAUCAGUACGCUAGCAGAGCAACCCUACCAGGGUUUAUCCAACGAACAGGUUCUCAAGUUUGUCAUGGAUGGAGAAUUCCUGGACCGGCCGGAUAACUGCCCCGAGAGGAUGCACAGCCUAAUGCAGAUGUGUUGGCAGUACAACCCCAAGAUGCGUCCGCUGUUCGCCGAGAUCAUCGAGAUGCUGCGGGAGGAACUGCACCCGUCUUUCCAGGAUUGCUCCUUCUUCUACAGCGAGGAGAACAAAGUCCCCGAGACGGAGGACUACGACCUGGAUCUGGACAACAUGGAGAGCAUCCCACUGGACCCGUCUUCAUACUCCCAUAGAGAGGAGAGCUUAGGCAGGGACAGCGGGCCCUCGGUGGCCCUCAGGGGGAACUAUGAGGAGCAUGUCCCCUACACACACAUGAACGGUGGCAAGAAAAAUGGACGAAUCUUAUCGUUGCCCAGAUCCAGCCCUUCCUAACAUUUCCUGUUUCCUAAAAGAACUUGUUUAACCUCCCCCCCCCCAUCCUUCUUUCUCUUCCAGUCCACUUUUUUCUGUGUCUUUCAUGUUCCUCUCAUCAUUUUCUAAUGAUUUUCUUAUUCUUGGAGAAGCCCUUCAAAAAAAAAGACACAGAUCUCAGGACUUUUAUUUUCUUCCUCAGGCUGCCGCACACAGGCAAGCAAGGGAUGCAAACUCUUUUUUAUCUUCCUCCACAACACAUCGGACUUUCUAUUACCGUAUUACUAUUGUUUUUCACUAUUGCCACGUUUCCAGGACUCCUUGUGAUGGAAACAGAGAAAAAAACAAAACUGUGAACACAACAAACCUUAGACAACCAAGAAAGCUGCUUACGCUCAACCUCCUCAAGACUUGUCCCUCCUUUUCUGCAUUUCCACAUUUCUGUGCUUUGUUUUUUUUUUCUCUCCAAGUGAAAUCUUGUUACUCAGAUAGUGGCCUUUUUUUAUGUGGCCUAUAAACAAAGAGAAGUGUCUAUCAGCGCUUAAACUAAUUUCCUUUUGAACAAUGACUUAAUCAGUUUGGAACGGUGGGAUGACUUUCAAAGACUUGAUCCUAGAACAAACAUCUAUUCCUAGAGGAAUGUUUUCUUUUUGUUUUUAUUUUUAUUUUGGUUCUGCAGAAUUCCAAACUACACACAGAUUCAUCGGGUGUUUGGUGAAUAGUUUUAAUUUAUUUGCUUUUAUUGUUCUUCUCUUUUCCUCUUCUCUUUCUCAGUUUUAUUUCUGUGUCCUCACUAUAUGGCUGAAGGAUAUUUAAACAGUUAAGAAUUGGACAAAAGAGUUCCUCAGACUGACCAAUAGCUGCUGCUUUGAUAUAUUUUAGUGGGUAUAGAAAUAUAUAAAUAUAUAUAAUAUAUAUAGUAUAUAUGGAAUAUUGGUAUUUAUGUGCCAAUAUUUCAUAUAUAAUAUAUGACAUAUUGAUGUUUUUGUAUAUAGUUCAUAUUUGUAAUAUUUUUCAUCAGAAGCUUUGCUAGUAUUUUGUUUUGCCAGGUUUUUUCUUUCUGGGUUUUUUUAAUUUCCUUAUUUUUAUAGCCCCAGAAAUCACACUAAUCUACCAUCAGUGCUCUCUGUGUCUUAGGCCUCCAGUCCCCCUUUGAGUACUCUCUGUCCGUGUGGAUGGGAAAAGGAGAAAGCCCCGAAAUAUUGUCAACUCACUGCAUAAUUUUUUUUAUAAACCGUGUUUCCACUGAGAGCUGAGGAGGCAACUUUACUACGAUGGAAAAAAAACAACAACGAAAUAACCAAAAAAAGAAAGCUUUAUAAAAGGGGAAUGAGGUCUUUCUAGGUGGAAGUGCACCUGAUGCGUGUUUGUCUCUGUGUCUGCUGUCUCUCUCUGGUCGGGUCACGCUGGAGCUGAGCUCUGUAUGUAUUUGUUAUCGCAGGUUUAUUACGUCUUUCAGGUGGUUGUGCUGGUUGUCUAAGUCGACUGUCAGUCAUGUUAGAGAGUGAGGAGAACUCGUCCUCUUUCCUGGUGAUUGUACUUCCUUAUCUCGGCCAAGGAGGGUUGAAAGAGGAGAUGUCACGCGUCGUGUCAUUGGGGUGCCACACAUGCUCAGUAAACCCUGGUCUGCACUUGCAAUUCUUUGGGCUUCGAAGCUUCGGUUAGAAACAUUUGAAGGUUUUUGAAGCUGUGCCGCUGCCGCACUACUGUACACACAACAAGCUGCGAUAUCCGUCUGAGAAUAACUAAUAAUAAUGAAUGUUGAAUAUGAAUAAUGUUUCAUGGGCCAUUUUGUGAUUUAUACAUUAUGAUUACAUACUUAUGUAUUAAACAAAAGUAUUCAAAUACUGAUUUGGAGUUCGAUUACCAUGGCAACGGUCAAAGCUUCGAAGCAUGCAAGUCAGCCCUACUGCAAUUAUU